AUGACUUUUUCAAAAAUGGAAGCAGCUAUGGAAGAUGCCUUUGUAGAAUGGAUAAACACAUUUGAAUGUAAAUCAUAUCCUAUAGACACAGUUGUGGAAUUAGCAGAUGGUGUUGUUCUUUCUGAUAUCUUAUCAGACAUUGAUGCCAAAUGGUUCAAACCCAUUAAACCAACAGAAACAGCGACUAAUUGGGUUGUUCGGUUCAAUAAUCAAAAGAAACUUCACAAGCUCAUUACGCGUUACUUUGAAGAUAUUGUAGGGCAGGACCCUGAACUCUUACCGAGUGUGAACUUGACGGCUAUUGCCAAAGAUGCCGACCUGCAUGAACUCUUGCUCAUGUGUCAGUUGGUAAUGGCCAUUGCUGUUCAGUCUGACAACAAUAAGCGGUAUAUUGAAAUGAUUCAAAGUCUGACACAAAAGAGUCAACAUGCAUUGAUGGUCUCGAUUGAAGAAGUCAUGCAUCAUUUCAAUACUGAACAGGAUUAUGCGUCCAAUCGCAUGUCUUAUUUGUCAGGCCAUUCAAGCACCAAAAGUUUCCAGUUGGAGGAUAUGCCGUAUCGAUAUCAACUUGAAUUCGAAAAGAUCUUGUUGGAAAAGAAACAGUUUGAGACAUCCCAUAGUCAAUUAUUAGGUGAAUACGAUGCACUUCGAGAACGAUUUGAAGAUUUAUUGGCUGAAAAAGAAGAUUUAAAGACCCGUUUACAUGAUAUGGAUGAAGCCAUUAUGCAGGCAAAUCAUACAGGCAAAGCAGACUAUGUCAUGCGUACUGAAAUUGAACAUUUAAAGCAAGAUUUGUAA